CCCCAACACACACACACACACACACACACACACACACCACACACACUAAUCGUUUUAGCUAAUACCUAGCCUAGCAAAGCUAAUCUAUUCCUCCACGAGCUGACCGUAUCUCGGUCAGUUAAACGGCGGAAGGAAGGCUGUCACCGCGCCUUCAUGUCUUGUUUGUCCCUGGCGCUGUCACCCGCUGUCAGCUGCACUGUCCCCCGUCACACAGCCAGGUAAACACCGGCCAGCCCCAUGAAGACACCGCGGCUGUCCCCUCACACAUGGAGACCAGCUAAAUAACCCAGGAGCUUCGUGGAGUCCGAGGCACCAUGGAUCUCUCAGCGCCUGCUUCGGUGGUAGUCCUCCUCCACUGACCUCCCCUCCUCCUCCCCAUCUCUUCCUCCACCUUUCCCUCUCUCAUCCACUCCUCUUUCUCCACGCCCCAUCCCUCACCACCCUCGUGUCUGUGACCCAGGGGUGACCACUCUGCACCUCGUACAUCAUGGCAGGGGAGAAAGGGCCGACUAAGCGGAGCGCCAUGGACAUCAAGCGCCUGGCCAGCCUGAUCCAGAGAGGAACGGGCCGUUUGCUGGUGAUUGACAGCCGGACGUUUUCCGAGUACAAUGCGUCGCACGUGCAAGGCGCGGUCAACGUCUGCUGCUCCAAGCUGGUGAAGAGGCGACUGCAGCAGGACAAGGUGUCUGUCACCGAGCUGUUGCAACCCAACGGCAAGGUGAAGGUGGAGCUGGGCAGGAAGCAGGAAGUGGUGGUUUACGACCAGAGUUCCAAAGAAGCAGGGCACCUGUCCAAAGAUGGCUUUGUGCACAUCCUGAUGGGGAAGUUGGAAGGCACCUUUUACAAAGUCUCCCUGCUCACUGGAGGUUUUGCUGCUUUUACCUCCUGUUUCCCCGGCCUGUGUGAAGGGAAGCCUGCCAAUUCUCUACCUAUGAGCUUGUCCCAGCCCUGCUUGCCUGUGGCUAAUGUAGGGCCCACUCGCAUCCUGCCACACCUCUACCUGGGGUCACAGAAGGACGUCCUCAACAAGGAUCUGAUGGCUCAGAAUGGUAUCACCUAUGUGCUGAAUGCCAGCAACACCUGCCCCAAGCCAGACUUCAUCAGCGAGAGCCACUUCAUGCGCAUCCCAGUCAAUGACAACUACUGCGAGAAAUUGCUUCCCUGGCUGGACAAAACUAAUGAAUUCAUAGACAAAGCUAAGGUGUCAAACUGCAGAGUCAUUGUGCACUGCCUGGCUGGAAUCUCACGUUCAGCAACCAUCGCCAUCGCAUACAUCAUGAAGACAAUGGGCUUGUCAUCAGAUGAUGCCUACAGGUUUGUUAAGGACCGAAGGCCGUCCAUAUCCCCCAACUUCAACUUCCUGGGUCAGCUUCUGGAGUUUGAGAAGGGCCUGCAAUUACUGCAAGCUUUAACGUCAACCACUGAUGACAAGAUCUCUGAAAACAAAAGCUCAGAAGUUAAUGGAGGUUUCGAGAUGAAUGGUCACCACAGCAACUAUGACUCAUCGGUGGCAGACCAACACAUCCCACCAGAACCCAAGGUGCCAUCACCCACCUCCCUUCAGCAAGGCUUCAACGGCCUACACCUCUCCGCAGAGCGAAUCAUGGACACUAACCGGCUUAAACGCUCCUUCUCCCUGGACAUUAAGUCGGUCUACUCCCCCAGUACCCCCUGCCCCAGCCUGGCACCCACACACUCUGAAGACGUCCCCAAGCUGUGCAAGCUUGACAGCCCAGGAACAGGCACUUCCAAUGGUGUCUGCUCCCAGUCUCCCGUCCUAGACAGCCCCGGCUCCGCCGAUUCACCGUUUCCCUCACCAGGCAGCGGGGGCAGCAUUGGAGGUUUGGGUCCAGUCCAUCGGUCUGGUUCUUCCUCAUCCAGACCCAGGAGAAAACCCAAGCAUUGCUCCGGCAGUUCCCCAGCCCACUCCCAACCACACCACCCUCCACAGUCCCUCAGCUUGUCGUUGGACCACAAGAGCCCCAGCGUGGCCGAGAAUCUAAAAGGCUCCCUGCUUCUCUCACUACCUUCCCUUCCCACCAUGGGGUCUGAGGCCAUGUGGACCAAACACAGAGACACUGUCCAGGCCACCACUCCCGUCACACCCGUCACCCCCACCACAGAUGCUCCCUGGCACUUUGGGGCAGUGGAGGGCGGUGAGGGAGAGAUGGAGCUGGGAGGAGGAGGGGGUGGAGGAGGAGAGGAGUCGUCGGUAAGGUUUGGGAGUAGCUCGGCGUAUAUGGCGUUCGGGUGCAGCGAAGGUGUGCGGUUACGAGACAAAUCCCAGAGGGAGAAGCCCUCAUCGCCCCAGACCCGUAGAGACCACCGGGACUCUACGUCGUCGACCACAGUGACCCUGUCCAACAGUGCAAACAACAGCGGGCCUGCAUCAGAGAAGCAGUUCAAGCGGCGCAGCUGUCAGAUGGAGUUUGAGGAGGGCAUCUCCGAGACCCGAUCCCGGGAAGAACUGGGGAAGAUUGGGAAGCAGUCCAGCUUCUCUGGGAGCAUGGAGAUCAUUGAGGUAUCCUGACAGAUAAUGAAUAUGAUCAGGGCUGUCCCUUGGGGGCCCAAAUGGACCUGGUUAGAGGGAGUGCAAAAGGAGGACAUAUGACAGGGAGCAGAAGAGGCUCAUUUUGUGCUCCCCUCACAGACAGUGUUAAAGACUCCAACUGAGAAGGACAAAUAUAUACUCAAGCAAAGAAUUAAUGUGAAAAGGUUAGCAGGAAAAUUAGCAUUCGCACCUGAGACGGAGCCUGUGAUGUUAUCCUUAGCCAUCCUGAACUCUCAUACAAAUCUGAAUAAAAGUCUGGGGGAGGGAGGGGUUAAGGGUGUGACUGUAGGUACUGAAACUCUUAAUUUUUCGGAGCUCUGUGAGAGAUAAAAAGAAGUGACCCAGGACAAGUGUCAUGUUGCAUCCUUACUAUAUAGAAUAUCCCUAUUUUGACAGAGUUUGGACACAAAAUGCUUGCCUGCGGUAAAAUGUAGUGUACUUCAGUGGGUGUAUAACUUGUGAUUUGAACCAAGUCCCAUGUUUCCUCCUAAAGCUUCACCCAUGUGUCCGAAAGCCUCAAAACCUUGCACGGCUACGUCCAGCCACCCCCCCCCCCCCACCCCCCUUGUCCCAGUGGCUCUGCCUGCUACAAACUCUGCUUAGCAACUCCUUAACAGUACCGUCUCAUCACAUCACACAGCACAAGGGAGAGAGAUCCCAAGGACUUCAUCUAAAAGCGGUACUGUAUCCAAACAAUGAAGGAUCCCCAGCAUUUCCUUGCUGAAAAGACUUUUAAAGACUCGUAGCAGCAGGCAGUGUUCCCCCCCCCCACCGUCCUCUUAAAGCACAGUGUGUCCUUCCUGACUUUGGCUCCCGUGUUUUCAGUGUUAACAGCGUGAUGGGGCCGAGGUUUUAGGAUUGCGGCGGGGCCCUUCAGCUCCGCCAUAGACGCACCCCCCCAUCCCCAUUGCUCCCAGUCACGAUGUAUGGUCACCACUGAGCAUGCACCAGAGAGGCUGACUCCAGACAGACAAAUACUAUAUAUACAAUAUGAAUACAUAUAGCAAUUUUAAUGGACUUUUUUUGUUCAGUUAUAGUUUUAAUUUAUUGUAUUGGUUCAUUCUGGUAAUGAUAAAUAAUAUAAUGUUUUGUGGAUUUAUUUCUUUUGUUGAAUUAUUAUUAUUAUUAUUAUUAUUAUUAUUUGCUGUAUGGUAUUUAUGAGCACACACUCAAACAAAUACACACAUUCAACAAAUUCAAGCAAUAUGUGCCGUUCCUUCUUUGGAGAGUGAUGUAUGACUUUGAAAUGCACUUUUUCAGCGUUCUAGUAACCGAGUAGAGUUCCCCCUCACACCCAUGGCAACAAGAUAUUUGGAAAGCAAGGUCUUAAGAUUUGAUAGUACACAUAUAGAGCCUCUGUUUCAUAUUUGGACGAUGGCACAGACAUCCCACUGAAACAGGAUGAGCGUACACUCCUGAUUUUGUCCCAGUUGAGGGCUCAAGGGUUUUGACCGUGUGCUGAGGAAGACAAAGUAGUUCCAUACACUGAUCACUCAUUACGAGUAAAACAACUAUAUGCAGACAAAUGCGUACUCUUCAACAGGUUUGAGAUUUAUAGACUCGCCCUAGAGUCCUCUCCGAGCCAGCACCAGUUCUCCAUCAUCAUAGCGCGUCCCACCAAAGCUGAACCAACACACACACACACACGCCCUAUACUGUAUGCACUUAUACUUCUUUUCAAAUAUUCAAAGCCUAGGCCCUACACACACCCUUUUUUUUUCUCAUUCUCAGGGGAUCUUUCAGUGAGCCAAGCCCCGGCCCAGGGUACAGAUACAGCUGCUGGUACAUCAGCACAAUCCACGUCCUCGCUUUCCCCCUCUCUGUCUUUUUUUUUUGCUCUUAUUUUCCAAAGCUUUGAUGAAAACGGCGUAACGAAACAGAAUGAAAGUAAAGCGGAUCUUCAUAUCUUGAGGUGAAAGAAAUUGAAAACGUUGCUCUCCUGGUGCGAGAUGGUUCAAAUGUAAAUGUAAAAAUGUGUUUCUUUUUUUAAAUUUAAAUUUUUUUCUUCGACCCUCGAUUCACUUUUCUCUAUGGUGAUCUCUGACCUUUGACCCUGGGCUGCUUCAGCAACAGUAAGUCCCCCCCCCCCCCCCCCCCCAGACUCAAGCAACCUCUCCUCUCCUCACCCUCCUCCUCAUAUUUUUAAGAAAUGUUCUUAGAAUUAUUUAUGACUUGUAACAAAGACGAUGCAGGCUGUCCCAUUUGCUAAAUCGUUGUUAUCGGAAUAUUAUAUUGUUAUUAUUAUGAUUAUUAUUAUGUUGUUGUGUAAAUAGCAACUCAUCUAAGAACACUGAUGAAUUUAGAUGAGUUUUUGAAAAGAAAAUCCUGAUACCUUAGGCUGCUUGAUGCAAAAAUACCUCAGGUUCUAUUGAAAGGCUUUUCCUUCCCCUGUACAUGUUUUGUGAAGAUGAGACAAAAAUACAGACAUGACAAAAUACAA